CAGAUCACCGGGCGUUGGUCAAUCAUGUUGUGGUGAUUGAUGGAAAAGCAGGAUGGUCAUUCCGAGGGCGUGGAGCCGUGGAGUGCGUUACCUACUCUUUAGCAUCCUCUCCGCUCGAACCCCGCAGCGUGCUGGUAUAUAGACUUUACCAUUACUCCUCAGCACCGUAAGCAACCACCUGAUACCACCUACCCUACAAUCUCACCUCUGAAACCCGCCUCGCGACAGAGAGACAUCCAGAACUACGACAUGUCAAUCAUCAUCACCGGCGCCAGCGGCUACGUGGGCCAGGAACUGGCCGCGGCGCUGCUAUCCAGCUACCCAGAGAUGACCGUGACGCUGACGGACGUGGUCACACCCACCGUCCCCGCAUCCGCCGCGCAGCACGCCUCGCGCACCCGCUGCCUGGAAGCGGACCUGACCUCGCCCACGGUCGUCGACGAGCUCUUCACCGCGGCGCAGCCCUACGAGACCGUCUACCUCCUGCACGGGAUCAUGUCCAGCGGGUCGGAGGCCAACUUCGAGCUGGGGAUGCGGGUCAACCUGGACGCGACGCGGCAGAUCCUCGACCGGCUGCGCACCGUGACCCCCGGGGUGAAGGUGGUGUUUACGUCGAGCCUGGCGGUGUACGGGCCCGCGCCGCCGGGGUUCGUGAUCGACGAGACCAACUUCCCGGCGGUGCCGGCGUCCUCGUACGGCUCGCAAAAGCUCAUCAUCGAGAUGCUGCUGAACGACUACUCGCGCCGCGGCUUCCUGGACGGCCGCGCCGUCCGCCUGCCCACCGUGACCGUGCGCGCCGGCAAUCCCACCCAGGCCGCCAGCAGCUUUGCCAGCGACAUCAUCCGCGAGCCGUUCCACGGGCGCAAGGCGGUUUUGCCCGUCGGCAAAGACACGCGCAUGUGGAUCUGCUCGCCGCAGACGGUGGUGAGGAAUCUUGUCCGUGCGCGCGAGGUGCCCGCCGCGGCGUUUGGGGAUUCUCGGGCGGUCAAUUUGCCCGGGUUGUUGGUUAGUAUCCAGGAGAUGUUGGAGGCGUUGGAGGAGGUGGGCGGGCCGGAGCGUAGGGCGUUGGUCGAGGAGAAGUAUGAUCCAGUGGUGGAUCGCAUCGUGCAGACGUGGACGCCGAAUUUCAAUACGGCUAGGGCGCUGGGGUUGGGGUUUGUGGAGGAUGUGUCUAUGAUGGAGAAUAUUCGGCAGUAUGCGAGUCGGCGCCUAGCGUUCAACCUCAACCAGGCUCUGCGGAGCCGGGCUGCCCUGAAGGCUGUCCAGCCCGUCAAGCGUGGCUUCGCUUCUCCCGUUACCCUGCCUUCUUCCACCCAGACCACCACCCUCUCCAACGGUUUCACGAUCGCUACUGAGCACUCCCCCUAUGCUCAGACCUCCACCGUUGGCGUCUGGAUCGAUGCCGGUAGCCGGGCAGAGACUGACAAGACCAACGGCACUGCGCACUUCCUGGAGCACCUUGCUUUCAAGGGCACCAACAAGCGUUCCCAGCACCAAUUGGAGCUUGAGAUCGAGAACAUGGGCGCUCACCUGAACGCCUACACCUCGCGCGAGAACACCGUCUACUACGCCAAGUCCUUCAACAACGACGUCCCCAAGGCCGUCGACAUCCUCGCCGACAUCCUCCAGAACUCCAAGUUGGAGCCCGGUGCCAUUGAGCGCGAGCGCGACGUCAUCCUCCGUGAGCAGGAGGAGGUCGACAAGCAGCUCGAGGAGGUCGUUUUCGACCACCUCCACGCCACUGCCUUCCAGCAGCAGCCCCUCGGCCGCACCAUCCUCGGCCCCAAGGAGAACAUCCAGACCAUCUCCCGUGACAACCUGGUCGACUACAUCAAGACCAACUACACCGCCGACCGCAUGGUCCUGGUCGGUGCCGGUGGCAUCCCCCACGAGCAGCUCGUGAGACUCGCUGAGGAGCACUUCGGUGCCCUGCCCAGCAAGCCCCCGACCUCUGCUGCCCUGGCCCUCACCGCCGAGCAAAAGCGUACCCCCGAGUUCAUCGGCUCUGAGGUCAGAGUCCGUGACGACACCCUCCCCACCGCUCACAUCGCCCUUGCCGUCGAGGGUGUCAGCUGGAAGGAUGACGACUACUUCACCGCCCUGGUUGCCCAGGCCAUCGUCGGUAACUGGGACCGUGCCAUGGGCAACUCCCCCUACCUUGGCAGCAAGCUCAGCUCCCUGGUUGAGCACCACGGCCUCGCCAACAGCUUCAUGAGCUUCUCCACCAGCUACAGCGAUACUGGUCUCUGGGGUAUCUACCUCGUCUCCGAGAACCUGACCAACCUCGAUGACCUGUGCCACUUUGCUCUCCGCGAGUGGUCUCGCCUGUCCUUCAGCGUCACCCCCGCCGAGGUCGAGCGUGCCAAGGCCCAGCUCAAGGCCUCGAUCCUCCUCUCCCUCGACGGCACCACCGCCGUUGCCGAAGACAUCGGUCGCCAGAUCAUCACGACCGGCCGCCGCCUCAGCCCCGAGGACGUCGAGCGCACGAUCGGCCAGAUCACCGAGAAGCACGUCAUGGACUUCGCUCAGCGCAAGCUGUGGGAUCAGGACAUCGCCAUGAGCGCCGUCGGCAGCAUCGAGGGUAUCCUCGACUACCAGCGUCUCCGCUCGGACAUGAGCCGCAACGCUGCUUAAAUGGGUUGAGCUCGGUGUCGGUGAGGGGUGUCUGUUGCGUUGUCCACCAGGAAUUAUGGCAAGUGUUUCUAGUUUUGGUGAUUUUUAAUAGAUAGAAGCGGUGGUCGUGCCGAGGAAGCGUGUCUUGUACAGUACACAACUGUCGCUAUAUCAAAAUGUAUUGUUUGUUCAAG